CAUUGCAACAGCCUGUGGUGGUAUACUGUAUAUAGCCAAAGGAAACUUCAGGCCCCGUCUAUAUAAACAAAAAAAACUAUCUCAGAUAGUCAGUGAGUCCUUCAAUCAGUUAGUCAAUCGUCAGUCAGACAGACAGACAGACAGACAGGAGGUCAGAACGCUCCAUUGUUCUAGGAGUUGAUCUUCAUCAACCCCAUCAUCAUUACCAAGAGAUUGUGAUUGAUAUGUCAGGCAUACAGAGUACUCUGGUGAACCUGCUAUGGCUGUGGGGAUGGUGGCUGCCCACUGUCCUGUCCUCGUGCACCACGGGUCGGCCAGCAGAGUGCAAGGCUGCCCAGUCAGCUCCCGGUACCAACCUGGUGGGCGAGGGUUUCAACAUUGUCACCAUGGAGCGCAUGCAGGCCUAUGUCAUUGAUGUGGACAACUGGAAGAAGACCACGAAUGGGACCUGUACCCUCUGUGUUAACCCUUUCAUGAAGGACCAGACUCAGAGGCUGCCCGCAGCUGUGGUGGACUGGCGUCCCUCGCAACAGUGUCACAUGAAGGUGUCCAGCAUGGUCUACGACUCCAGCGAGGCGUUUGUGAGCAGCAGCCAGACAGAUGUGGACAUCAGUUGGAAGAUUGGUCUGGACAUUUUGACCCCCCAGGCUAAGGGGUCGGUCAUGGUGGCGGGUACCCACUCCAGAGCUGCCAAAAAGGUGAUGAGCCAGUCCAAGCAGGACAAGUACAGCUUCAUCACACAAGAUAUACACUGCUCCUAUUACAGUUACCGCCUGAUAGAGGACCCUCCCCUGCACCCUGAGUUCUCUCGCUCCCUGGGCUUACUGCCCCCCCUAUACACCGACCAGACCGAGGUUGACUACAGACGUUUCCUCGCCACCUUCGGUACCCACUUCAUCAGGAAGGUUAAACUGGGGGGGCGGGUGAAGAGCAUCACCUCACUGCGCGUGUGUAAGGCGGCCCUCAGUGGUUACAACGAGAACGAGGUCAAGGACUGCCUGGAGGCCGAGGCCUCUGUCGGCACCAGCACCGGAACAGCCGAAGUCAAAACAGAGACAAAGUUCUGCAAGAGUGACCUCAAAAAACAUGACAUCAAGGACAGCUUCAGCAGUACCUUCAAAGAGAGGUUCACCGAGGUGAUAGGGGGAGAGACAGACGGAACGACCGACCUGCUCUUCUCCCCGAAGGGUGCAAACUCCAUGGCCUUCAGUGACUGGGCAAGAAGCCUGAAGACCAUACCUGAUGUCAUCAACUACUCCCUCCAUCCUCUCCACCUAUUGGUGAAAAAGGCCAGCAAGAGGGCGGGGCUGAAGAAGGCCGUGGAGGACUACAUCCUGAAACACAGCCUGGUCAAGCACUGCUCUGGGAAGUGUAAGGGGGAGUCCAGGUCCAGUACCCAUGACUCCUGUCAGUGUGUGUGCCAGACCAGCAAGGAGAUGACCAGCCAGUGCUGCCCGCAGGAGAAGGGCCUGGCCCACCUGACCGUCACCGUGAAGAAAGCCAGGGGCCUCUGGGGGGACACCACCUCCCAGACAGACGGCUUCGUCAAGGUGUUCAUGGGCAACGACGCCAAGCAGACCAGGGUGAUUCAGAACAACAACAACCCCAUGUGGAACGCAGCCUUACAAUUUGGGACCGUCAAGCUCUCCCUGGCCAGUGAGCUCAAGUUUGCCGUGUACGAUGAAGACAGAUGGUCGAACGAUCUCCUGGGGGAAUGCAUUGUCCGGCCCGUCAAAGCUGGGUUUCACGAAAGUAUGUGUCCCAUGAAUCACGGCAGCCUGUUCUACUCCUACAAGGUCGAAUGUGCCCCAGGACUUGGUGGCCUCACCUGUGGGGAGUACGCCCCUUCCAGGAUGAACUCUGACCUCGCUUACCUCUACACCUCCCGCAACGCCCUGAACAUGACUCAGGAUCUGCUGGCUCACAUCCAGAUGGGCCAGCCCCUAGGAGACCCUUUGGCCUUCUUGGUGAAGCAGAGGGAUAAUGGUCACCCUCGUAUCCCUGCCCUCAGUGAGCCGUGAUCAAAACGUAUCCACUGUAAUGCACUGUAAACCUUAGUCUAUCUAUCUAACCCUAAUGCAUACCAUUUCUAACCUCUUGUUCUGAACCAGAAUGCAUUUUACUUUGGUAAAAAAAAACAUAAAACCAUCCAAAGUAUAUCGUAUAUAUUUUAUUGCUGAAGAAAUUCAUCAUGCCACUCCGUGUCCUCUCCAAAUAUUAUCGCUACACCAUCGAGAGCGUCCUGGCCGGUUGCAUCACAGCUUGGUACAGGAAUUACUUCGUCCACGGCCCUCCAGCGGGUGGUGAAGGUGGCCCUAGGGAUGUUAACGGUUAACAUUGGCUUGUGUGUAUUUUCAUUAGUUGUCAUGAAUCCAGUACACAGCUGGGCACAGCAUACAGAGUGCGUGAGAGCAGCACCUCAAAAAGCUGGUACUGGACUGAAAUGUGCUUUUAUAAGCCCAGUCAUUAAAAAAGAGCUACUAUUGUUAUUUCUCAAUCUCAACUCAUAAGAUCCCGUUCACCAUUUGAGUGCAUAGGCUAUAGUCAAUGGUAGGCAGGCUAUCAGCGCGUCACACAUCUAACUACAAAUGUUCCCACAACUUUAGAGUAGGUUCCUUAAGGAGAAUAUUCCAUCAACGUCCCACCAACGUCCCACCAAACAUACAGAGAACAUGGUUGCCAAACAUAAGAUAUUAAUGUUCUAGGGAAUGUUGCAAAAACAUUUGUGGGAACAAAAAAAAGUUAUUACACCACGUAUUGUUACUGUUGCCGAGCCAAUCAAGGCCCUGAUUGGUGAACCACUGAUCCAGUCAUAGCUCUUUGUCUGUUGGCAAGGGAUACUUAC